AGAAUCCAGUUGAGGAGACAGGCUGUCUUAGUCCAAAGGAAAGCCCAGGGAGAGGGAGAGAAGGGGAAAAACAGCACACGCAAAGGCUGGGUUAACCAAGAUGCUAAGAACUCUGCAGAGGACAUAGUGGUACUGUAAGCCCAUCUGGGUAGGGACCAUGUCAGUUCUGUGUCGCCAGCACGCCGUCGUUGCCCGAAAGCAGUAGAAGUUCACUAUGAGCGGCUUCACUUGCUUAAUUUUUUACAACUACUCGGGUGCACUGAACGGCUUUGAAGGGGGCCGCCGGUGGCCAGCAAAUCGGGGCAUCGAAGAGAAGAAAGCCAUGGCUUCCCUCAAGGACAAGCUCAUUACGCCUAUUGCCCAGCCGGCAACCGAGCCCAUCAACAAGGUGACCAUCGUGGGAGUUGGCCAAGUUGGGAUGGCCUGUGCCAUCAGUGUCCUGGAAAAGGGUCUCUGUGAUGAGCUUGCCCUGGUGGAUGUCCUGGAAGACAAGCUAAAAGGGGAAAUGAUGGAUCUGCAGCAUGGAAGCUUAUUUCUUAAAACGCACAAGAUUAUAGCAGGCAAAGAUUAUGCUGUCACUGCUAAUUCGAAGGUGGUCGUGGUCACCGCCGGCGUCCGCCAGCAGGAAGGGGAGACCCGCCUUGAUCUUGUCCAGAGGAACGUGAAUGUCUUCAAGUUCAUCAUCCCACAAGUGGUGAAGUACAGUCCAGACUGCAUCAUCUUGGUUGUUUCCAACCCAGUGGAUAUCCUGACCUACGUUACAUGGAAACUCAGCGGACUCCCGAAGCAUCGCGUCAUUGGCAGCGGCUGCAACCUUGACUCUGCACGAUUUCGCUUCCUGAUGGGGGAAAAGUUGGGCAUCCAUCCCAGCAGCUGCCAUGGUUGGAUCUUGGGGGAACAUGGUGAUUCCAGUGUGGCUGUUUGGAGUGGUGUCAACGUGGCCGGGGUCUCCCUCCAGGAUCUAAACCCUGCUUUGGGGUCUGACCAGGACCCAGAGGGCUGGAAGCAGGUCCACAAGCAGGUGGUUGACAGUGCCUAUGAAGUGAUCAAACUGAAAGGUUAUACCAACUGGGCCAUCGGCUUAAGUGUUGCCGACCUGCUAGAAACCAUCAUGAAGAACCUUUGCCGAGUUCAUCCAGUGUCCACCAUGGUCAAGGGAAUGUAUGGCAUUGAAAACGAAGUGUUCCUGAGCCUUCCCUGCGUCUUAGGGUCUGUCGGCUUGACCAGUGUGAUCAACCAAAAGUUGAAGGACAAUGAGGUGUCCCAGCUCCAGCAGAGCGCCUCCACGUUGUGGGACGUCCAGAAGGACCUCAAAGACCUGUAGAGCGACUUAGGAAUGUAUCUGUUCUCUCCAGCCAGGAGAAGGCCACCCCUGCCCAAAGUUGAACCCUAAGCUUCUGAAGUGCGCUUUCCUCGUUUAAACUUCUAGCUGAGCUUCCAGUUAUCGUCCCCAGAUGGUACAACUUGUCAUCCACCACAGCUAAGAUGUUCUUGCUACUUGUUCUUGCAGACUUGUUGAACAAAUAAAACCAGCUCUUUUGCGUGUGCUGUA